AUGCUUUCAGAACUGGCAGAUAUCUUUAGUGCGUAUAAAGAAGUAGACGAACUCAAUAGCAUAACAGAGAAGUUUGGCAUACUCGCAGAGCAAGUGGCCACUGCAGGUUUUGGACUUUUCGGAGUGGCUACCCUUCAGGCUAUUGCCCAAAUCACCAUGAAGGUCUUUCAUCAUCUUAAGGAAGAUGAUUCCGAGCGCAUGCUCCUCCUUUUGCUCAAGCAUGGUCUCCUGACACGAGAAAUCCUUAUCUAUCUUAUCUCAAAUACUACAACUUCGCUCACCUCUUUCCUAUCUAAGCAUAUCUCUGACGUACAGCGACUACCACCUCACCAACGGGCCCUUUUACUCAAGUAUGCUGCGCUGUCCCACAGAUGUGAUCAUCCUCGUCUGGACGAAGACCUCUUCAGAGCCAUCAGUCUUCUCUUCAUCGGUGGAUGCACUGUUGGCCCUCACGCGACUUUGCGAAAUCUUUUUCUAAGUGGGGCGUGUAACCAUAAGACGCGCUAUGGAGAUUGUCUGGGAUCUCGACUCAUUGAUGAGUGUAUUGCCGCAGAAACAUCUAGAGGUGUGCAUUCGCGCAACAUUAUACUUAGUUUAACUGAGAACUACUUUCUUGGUACUCAUGAUAAGCAGGAAAAUCGGUCUAUACUCGACUCCAUAUAUUUUCUACUAAAGGAUGCUGAUCACGAUGGUGUAUGGAAGGAUAUUACCAUGUUACCUCCAGUGACCAUGUACAUAGAUCUCAGAUCACAAGAUAACUUUCAUAGACACCUCCAUCUGCGCUUUAUGCAGAAUGAGAUCAGCAUCUAUAUGUUAGCGUGCGCACUUUCCCAUUGUAACGACAUUCCAGAAGUAAUAUCAAAUGUAUUUUCUAAUACAUUCACCCUGCUUCCAAGUGAUCUCGCCAAAUCUGCCGUUAUAUCGCUUGUAACCAACAGUACUGAUGACCUGUUAGAAACUGACUUGAGUACUGCACAAUCAUUGGACAAACUGCUGCUUAAUCUGCCAAGUACACUGCAAGGUGAACCAGAGAUUAAAAGAAUGACGCUACAAAGACCAAUUUAUCCCACUGACAUGGCGCCGCUUGAAGAUAACAAUUCAUCGAUAGGUAGCAUUAACAAUCACGUUUUAGAGCAACAAGUCGAAGAAGAUUAUUCUAGCUUGAUUGCGAGUACUGCAGAUGAUAGCUUCAAACAGUUCGUCUCUUCCUAUCAUUAUAACUAUCUUUUCAUAGCAGGAAGCCUUCACGGCCUUGAUGAAAACUUCUUUACUGAAGCCGCUGCCUUCAUUUAUGCUUCUUAA